AUGACUGUGAGUGGUCCAGGCUCCCCCGAGCCCCGGCCGGCUGCCCCCGGGGCCAGCUCAGUGGAGCAGCUGCGGAAGGAGGGCAACGAGUUGUUCAAAUGCGGGGACUACGAGGGCGCCCUGACGGCCUACACUCAGGCCCUGGGUCUGGGUGCGACGCCUCAGGACCAGGCGAUCCUGCACCGAAACCGGGCCGCCUGCCACCUGAAGCUGGAAGAUUACGACAAAGCCGAAACCGAAGCAUCCAAAGCCAUUGAAAAGGACGGAGGGGAUGUCAAAGCACUUUACCGGCGCAGCCAAGCCCUAGAGAAGUUGGGCCGUCUUGACCAGGCUGUCCUUGACCUGCAGAGAUGUGUGAGCCUGGAGCCCAAGAACAAAGUUUUCCAGGAGGCCCUGAGAAACAUCGGGGGCCAGAUUCAGGAGAAGGUGCGGUACAUGUCCUCGACGGACGCCAAAGUGGAACAGAUGUUUCAGAUACUCUUGGACCCCCAAGAGAAAGGCACCGAGAAAAAGCAGAAGGCUUCCCAGAACCUGGUGGUGCUGGCCCGGGAGGAUGCCGGGGCUGAGAAGAUCUUCCGGAGCAAUGGGGUUCAGCUCUUACAACGCCUGCUGGACACGGGUGAGGCCGACCUCAUGCUGGCGGCUCUGCGCACGCUGGUCGGCAUUUGCUCCGAGCACCAGUCUCGGACAGUGGCAACCCUGAGCGUGCUGGGAACUCGGCGGGUAGUCUCCAUCCUGGGCGUGGAAAACCAGGCCGUGUCCCUGGCUGCCUGCCACCUGCUGCAGGUUAUAUUUGAUGCCCUCAAGGAAGGCGUCAAGAAAGGCUUCAGAGGCAAAGAAGGCGCCAUCAUUGUGGAUCCUGCCCGGGAGCUGAAGAUCCUUAUCAGUAACCUCUUGGAACUACUGACUGAGGUGGGGGUCUCUGGUCAAGGUCGGGACAACGCUCUGACCCUCCUGAUUAAAACAGUGCCCCGGAAGUCUCUUAAGGACCCCAACAACAGCCUCACCCUCUGGGUCAUUGACCAAGGCCUGAAAAAGAUUCUGGAGGUGGGGGGCUCUGUGCAGGACCCUCCUGGGGAACUCAUGGUGACGGCGAACAGCCGCAUGAGCGCCUCCGUCCUCCUCAGCAAGCUUUUCGAUGACCUGAAGUGUGAUGCUGAGAGGGAGAAUUUCCACCGACUCUGCGAAAACUACAUCAAGAGCUGGUUUGAGGGCCAAGGGCUGGCCGGGAAGCUGCGGGCCAUCCAGACGGUGUCCUGCCUCCUGCAGGGCCCAUGCGAAGCCGGCAACCGGGCCCUGGAGCUGAGUGGCGUCAUGGAGAGCGUGAUCGCUCUGUGUGCCUCUGAGCAGGAGGAAGAGCAGCUGGUAGCCGUGGAGGCCCUCAUCCACGCGGCCGGCAAGGCCAAGCGGGCCUCGUUCAUCACUGCCAACGGCGUCUCGCUGCUGAAGGACCUGUAUAAGCGCAGCGAGAAGGACAGCAUCCGGAUCCGGGCGCUGGUGGGGCUGUGCAAGCUCGGCUCGGCUGGAGGGACGGACUUCAGCAUGAAGCAGUUUGCCGAAGGCUCUACUCUCAAACUCGCCAAGCAGUGUCGAAAGUGGCUGUGCAAUGACCAGAUCGAUGCAGGCACCCGGCGCUGGGCAGUGGAGGGCCUGGCCUACCUCACCUUCGAUGCCGAUGUGAAGGAAGAGUUUGUGGAAGAUGAGGCCGCCCUGAAGGCUCUGUUCCAGCUCAGCAGGGUAGCUCGUGGCUUCCUGGUCUUCCUGGCUUUGGUGGACGAUGUAGAAGACCGCGGCACUGUGGUUGCUCAGGGAGGGGGCAAGGCUCUGCUCCCACUGGCCCUGGAAGGCACUGAUGUGGGGCAGACAAAGGCUGCCCAGGCUCUUGCCAAGCUCACCAUCACCUCCAACCCAGAGAUGACUUUUCCUGGAGAGCGGAUCUACGAGGUGGUCCGGCCUCUCGUCUCCCUGUUGCACCUCAACUGCUCAGGCUUGCAGAACUUCGAGGCACUCAUGGCUCUGACCAACCUGGCGGGGAUCAGUGAGAGGCUCCGGCAGAAGAUCCUGAAGGAGAAGGCCGUGCCCAUGAUUGAGGGCUAUAUGUUUGAGGAGCACGAGAUGAUCCGCCGGGCAGCCACGGAGUGCAUGUGUAAUUUGGCUAUGAGCAAGGAGGUGCAGGACCUGUUUGAAGCCAAGGGCAACGACCGGCUGAAGCUGCUGGUGCUGUAUAGCGGGGAGGACGACGAGCUGCUGCGGCGGGCAGCUGCUGGGGGCCUGGCCAUGCUCACCUCCAUGCGGCCCUCCCUCUGCAGCCGCAUCCCCCAAGUGACCACGCACUGGCUGGAGAUCCUGCAGGCCUUGCUUCUAAGCUCCAACCAGGAGCUGCAGCACCGGGGUGCCGUGGUGGCACUGAACAUGGUGGAGGCCUCAAAAGACAUAGCCAGCAGCCUGAUGGAGAGCGAAGUGCUGGAGAUCCUGUCGGUGCUGGCUAAGGGCAAGGAAAGCCCCGUCACAAGGGCUGCCGCAGCUUGCCUGGCAAAAGCGGUGGAAUACGGGCUUAUCAAACCCAACCAGGAUGGAGAAUGA